AUGCGGGUGGAGUCGGCCGACAAUUGUGCCGAGGCACGAAAGCCCAAUCUGGUGGUGAUCAUGGCCGACGACCUGGGGGCCAAGGAACUGGGGUGCUACGGGAACGCCGACCACGAAACGCCGCGGCUCGAUGCGAUGGCGGCCGAGGGAAUUCGCUUUCGGACUUGUUAUUCGGCUCCGGUUUGUUCGCCCACGCGGGUGAUGAUCAUGACGGGGCGGUACGGCUUCCGCACCGGGUGGAAUAAUUUUCUCUUGAGGGCUUAUGCCCCGAGGGAGGAUUCGCCGCUGUUCGACCUUGGUUCGGCACAGCUUACUUUCGCCGACAUGUUGAAGGAGCAGGGCUACGCUACGGCGCUGGCGGGCAAGUGGCAGCUCUCGGGCAAGGUGCCCACGCUGAUUCACGAUUGUGGGUUCGAUGAAUAUUGCAUCUGGGCGUACGACCAUAAUCUGCCCGAGGGGGUGAAGCAUACCGGCGGGCGUGAAGGUCGAAAGAAGACUGCCCGCUAUUGGCAUCCUUCGAUCAUGCAGAACGGGAAGUACGUUCCGACCACUCCCGAAGAUUACGGCCCCAACAUGUUGGCCGAUUUCAUUGCCGACUUCAUGAAGCGACACAGGGAUGAACCGUUCUGUGUGUACUACCCCAUGCUGCUGACGCAUGAGCCGUGGGAUCGUACGCCGAUGAUUGGCAAGCCGGGGAAGAAGACUCCGAAAGGGUUGAAGUACAACGUGGAGUACAUGGACCACAUCGUGGGUCGCGUGCUCGAUUCGAUCGACGAACUGGGACUGCGUGACGAUACGGUCGUGAUCUUCACGGGCGACAAUGGCACGGGCAAGUCGGGCAAGAACACGCCUACUGAGUUGGGUGCCAGGGUUCCGCUCAUCGUUUCGGCACCCGGCCGUUUUGCGAAAGGUGUGGUGAGCGACGAACUGGUGGAUCUGUCGGACAUCUUGCCGACGUUGGUCGACCUGGCCGGCGGGAGUAUUCCCAGUGAUCACAUUGUUGACGGGCAUAGUCUCGUGCCGACAUUGGAAGGCGAGCCGGGAGAACACCGCGAGUGGAUUUUCAGCUUCUUGGGCAACAAACAGAUUCUCCGCGACAAGCGAUGGUUGCUGGAAGGCGAUGGCACAUUCUUCGACUGUGGUACCAGCCGCAACGGCGCCGGGUACAAAGACGUGUCUGGGAGUAACGACCCCGAGGUGGUGGCGGCCAGGAAACGCUUUGAUGAAAUCCUGGAAGGUAUGCCGGUCCCGAAAGAUGAUGACCCGGAAUUGGUGCCGCCGAAGUAG